GAGGUAUUUGACAGUGUCAGCGAUGUGCGGGAGGUUUUAAUGGAGUGGUUGUAAACAUUUAUAAAUAUGUUAAUAAGAAUAAUAAUCACAUUUCAGUGUCUAAUAAGCUGUUCCAUGAAAGGGGAACAUGGAUUAAUUUCUUGAUGAUGUGAAACUCAGCCGAUCAGAGGUCUGCUAUGAUCAUAAAACUGUAAGAUAGGAGACAAGCUAUGAUAUGAAAUAUCUGAAGAGCUGCUGGGUUGGUGUGGUCAGCCUCAGCCUGCUUCUGUUACUGUGGGGUGGACAUGUGCUUCAGUCCCAUGUCCCGGCCUCUCUGCCCAACACUGGCCUCAGAGGGUACGUCCGGGUCCACCCUGCCGGGAGGAACCAGUUCCUGGAGAUGCGCUGCAGCGUGUGCGCCCUGGUGUCCAGCUCGGGGCAGAUGCUUGGGGCGGGCGUCGGAGAGGAGAUCGACCGCGCUGCCUGUGUGUUCCGCAUGAACACGGCCCCCACACGGGGGUACGAGAAGGACGUGGGGAAUCGCACCACUGUGCGGGUGGUGUCGCACACAAGUGUCCCCCUGCUGCUGAGAGAACAGAACCAGCUCCUCAGAAGCUCCAUGGGCACCACCUACGUGUUCUGGGGUCCUGAGCGUCACAUGAGGCAAGACGGCAAGGGGCGCGUGUUCAACGCCCUGCUGAAGACGGCCCGGGAGCACCAAGGCCUCGGAAUCUACACCCUCACCAAAGAGAGGAUUCAGUAUUGCGAUCAAGUGUUUGAAAACGAAACAGGGAAAAAUAGAAUGAAGACAGGGUCGUUCCUCAGCACUGGGUUCUUCACCAUGAUACUGGCCAUGGACGUGUGUGAGAGCAUCCAUGUCUAUGGGAUGGUCGACAAAAACUACUGCAGCCGCACCAACAACAGUGUUGUUCCGUACCACUACUUCGAGCGACGCCACGUGGCUGAGUGCAGGAUGUACAGAUACCACGAGCACGCGCGGCGCGGGGGGCAUCGCUUCAUCACCGAGAAGGCCAUCUAUGCUCAGUGGGCCAGGCGCCACAGAAUCACCUUCAAGCAUCCAUCCUGGAGCCACUAGCUCAGGACGGAAAAGAGGGGUCCGCUCCAGUGGGCCUGGGCCCUGUGGUUGUCUAGUUUACCGUCUACACAUCCUGUUGGUCAUUAUUUGCAUAAGUGUUACUAGGUAAACAGGCUUAAAUGAGAAUUUUGAUAGUGUUAUAAAACAUGAAUGCACUUAUCAUUUCAGGGUUUACCAUCAGGUUUUUCUAAUAGUAUAACGUAGUAGUCUAAUGUAUCACUUCAUUAGAGCCCUGUCGGGCUUCUUUCUGAUCUGCUGCAGUGUAUUUCCCCAUGUUACCCAGAAUGCCUUUCUCCUUUAUCUCCUGCAGAGCCAUUUUCUUCAAUUCUGGAUUCUGGAAUCUACUGAUUCUGUUAAUGAUUUUCUUUUGUUGAUGUUGAUGUUGAAGUCGUACUCCAAAGAAAAAAUUGCGCUUUACCUACUGUGGCGAUAUUAUUCUGUGAAUUUAGCCUCAGCUAAGUAAAAUACUACACAAUACUGUUGAUGUGCUGGACAUCAUCAAGAGGCACCUUCUUACAAUGUCCAUUGUUUUAGUCUGUUUGUAACUGUAUUGCUCUGCCACUUCAUACAUGAUAUAGGACAACAUACCAGCCAUUUGCAGUGGUAAAAAAUGAUUUAUAUUUUUUAAUCAUUCAAGGCACUAUACGACUGGAGCUGUCCAUUUUAGAACACUAUAUAGUACAGGUUUCCUAGUUUGUGAUUUUUUUUUUAACUGUUUUGUGAGUUAUCUACUGUUUUACUUAAGGAGAUGAUUCCUUGGUGCCUUCUAUGGAACCGUUAUAAUUCAUCAAUUAUAAUGCAGGUUAUGAAAAUAUAGCCUGUAAUGUAUUAUCAUCAUUUUCGGAUUAUACUUAUUUUUUAAACAUUGCAUACACGACUGAAUUGUUACACACUGUAAUGUAUUAAACGGAAUACAAUAAAAUGUAACUA